GGCGGGCGGGAACCGCCGGGCACGAAUGCCCCGUCCCCGGUUCGAUGAUGAGUCGGGAGGACGAGUCGGAUGAAACAGGAACAGAGGCAUCGGAGACUAUGGUGGAUGUUGCUGAGAGUGAGAGAUUGCUAGGCAGAAGAAGAAGUGAAUUGCUGUGUUCAUAUACGACUGCUGGUGAUCGAUGCUGAGGCGGGAUGCCUUGUAGAGAGGCUCGAUAGUGGUGGUUGGUGACGAGGAGUGCUGGCCGUCCUGCACUGCCCUUUAUACCUCUGCGCGCGGAGGCUGGCGAACCGCUGCUCGGCUCGGGACGAAUGUCAACCACUACUUCGAUCACCGACAGACUGAGUUCCUUCACGGGAGGCUGCGUUAUUCGCGAGCAUUGUGCCUUCACAGGAAGGUGAUGUGGUUGGGUUUCUUGCGAUCGCACCUCCAACAACAGGCAGGCGAGGUAGAUUGGUUGGAUGUGCCACACCUGGAAUUGUUCCCCGGCCGCGGCUGGUCUAGACUGGUGAACCUCUCGAUUGUCACCCUUGCAGGCUCACAAACCAGUGUUAGGCGUGACGAUUGCCGGUGUCUGGGACCAGACUGUCGGGAGGCUUACCGCUGCAUUCGCUCAUCGAGAGGAGUGUGGAUGGUUGUUGAACUUGCAGACAAACAUCAUUCACACAUAACUCGCAUUGCGACCAUCCAGUUAAGUGCUCUCUGUGUAUUCGGGUACAAC